CAACAGGUACCCUCGUGCAUCGCCUUGCACUGCUACUCUACAUAAAGCUAGCAUUGCUAGCAUCUUUCCGAUCUGGUGUAGGGGUGUAGGUAAUCUGUUAAAACUGUCGCUCACGUUGACCAGCCAGGAAGCGUGUGCUGUGUGACUGAAAAUGACGGUGCCAAGAAUUUUAAGUGGUGUACUCCGCACUUCUCGACGUUCGCUACUCAUGUCCUUCCGGAGUUACAGUUACGAAGGAGACGGGAAAACUACUGUUUCAGUUUUAAAUAAGAUUCGCGACGACAUACUUCUGCUCGACUCCUAUUCAACUUCAGGGUUCAGGUUAAACAAUGGACUUUUUGUGAUCGGAUCUGUGGCUGUUUUUCCUAGAAGUGUUCUACAAUGGAACAUCGGAGGUGCCAUAGACAUAUGUGAAGAGUCAUUGUCGUUGUUCACAUUGCUUGAACCGAAGUUAGACAUACUUGUCUUGGGCAUUGGAAGCGCCGAAGAGAAGUUGGAUAGCCGGUUAAUACGAUAUCUUCAUUCGAAGAGGAUAAAUGUAGAGGUGCUUCCUACCAUUCAAGCAUGUUCGACAUUUAAUUAUCUUAAUGCGGAAGCAAGAAAUGUUGCAGCAGGUUUGAUUCCACCAAAUGUUGUGCACACUGGAGACGAAAUUUACGUGGCACUGGACAGGGUCAGGCGAGACCUCAUUGCAGACACUUAAUGUCGUGCUUUUUGUUUUGCCACGUGCAGCCACUAUAGAAAAAAUAAAUUGGCGUAGACACUAACCACGGUACUUGUUGUUGUAACCUAAUGCUUUUCCAGGUUUCUUUCACUUGCAACAAGUAUUUAUUGGGCUUGAGCUCCGCAACGGAGAGACGUGCGCUGCCGUCGUUUUUGCGUAGGAAGUAGGAUCACGUCACUCCCCCCAUCUGCUUCGGCACAUGCAAGCGGGAUGCACAGUCUUUAACCUUGGUGUUUUGAUGUUAUUUCUUAUUCUGCUCGUUGUCUAGUUCCUGCAUCGCAUAUUUGAACACUUUCUUGUCGUGAUAAGCAGUUUUUGCCGCUCACGAGCCUGCUUGUACUGGUUCACUCAUGCAACGUGAGCUGUGGAUAGGUUUGCGAGAUGGUAAAGACACUGAAUGGUGAAAGGAAUGAAAAAUAAAAAGCCAGAAACAAAGCAAUGAGACAGCGUACUUGCUAAUGAUAGGCAUGCCCAUGGGAAGUUUAGUAACGACCAAAGCACUUUUCUACUAAUUUGGACCUUCGGUGUGCUUUUGAAGACUGCUUCUUUUUCGUUCUGGCGAUACUUACACAUGGUCUAAUUCGAAUGGCUGCAUAAUGUGUGGGCCUGUGUUCAGUGCCAGUACUGCUCUUGGAGAACAAAGCUUCCUCUCAUGUUCAACAUGUAUUCCCUAUCAGGUUAUGUCUGCGUGCAGGAGAAAGUGCGGAGCAAUGCAGAUUGUCACACAUUAAAUCUCAAUAGUGCAUCAC